AAACGUUUGUGUUAGAGACACGGCCUGGAUUGACAACUUUGUGGCAAGAUGUACGCGGGCGGUGAUCAGGGUUACGGCGCCUACGGAUCGCAGGGAGGAGGUACGUGAGGUUGCUCAAUGGGGUGUCACUCUUCCUUUGUGAUUGAUUGACUCUCCUCUAACUCACACACACACAUACACACACAUGUGUCUGUGUCUGUACUCCUGACGUCCUUGAGGACGAAUCAGGUUUGCUAUUACAACUGGACCAUGAACCAGCACAAUUAAUAAUUUAUUAAUAGACAGACGCUGCCAUUACCUGACUGUUGUUCAUUCUCAAUAAAACUUUAUUGAACGUGUCAAAAUCUUCUCCCUCCUGCCCCAUUUUUCUAACGACGUUAGCUAAUUUGGCGCCCUGUAAGCGAGUGGCUGUAGGUUGUUUGCGAUGGCCAAAUAUCUUGAAUUGCCACAGGAGGUACAUCUUCAGUCGUAUCUAAAGACAUUAAACAGCUGCGCUGCGUUUUAGCUAUCGAGUGUUUGCGAUCUAUUUGAGAUGUAUCGCCAUCAUAUCACAUAAAAAUAAAAUAUGGUUCAUGGUCUGGUCCGCAAAACAUUUUAUCUAGUCUUGUUCCAACAGAGAAACUGACAAAGAAGGUACUACUCGAAACAUGGACCCACUCAGUGAUUGUCCACAAUGAUGUCACGGGAGGUGAGGUAAGCCCCGUCAGGUAUGUGUAAUGUUUUGCUGGUAAAGACAGAAAAACACGGUUGGCAACUUUACUAUGAUUGGAGACGGAGGUCAAUUCAGGAAACUCAUUACCGCGAGAGAGAGAGAGAGAGAGCAAAGUUGGGGACAACAGGCAAGAGAAAUGUCGACGGUAAAAAUAUGAAGAUCUCUGCCUUAUUAACGACUGCAGUCCUUUGUCGAAUUGGCUCAAUGACAAGGUGUCCAUCUUUGAUCAACAUCCCAUAAGGGUCUUUGACGCAAAUAAUUUAGUAAAACCCGUUACCCUCGUAGUCUUGCUUAAAUCGCAGGCUUGACUCCACAACCAUGUUAUUAGUGAAUUGCUUCGAAAACGCGUUUGCUAAAAAAAUGUCGACAAAUUUUCGAAACAAACGAGACUGUUUAGGACGAAGAAUGGUCUCCACCGCGUUAGAAGACCGAAUGCUCCAUAAGGGGUAGCGCUUGGACACUUGGAUGGCUAAGUUAACGGCUCGUAUUUCUCACCAAUUUCCAUCCAAAAUUGAAAUUGCCCAACCCUCGGGCGUUGCUUUAGUCAGCCAUACAAAUAAUUAUACAAGUAUCAGAUUGCGUUUAAUGUACAACUUUGACGACGCGUGUAAUUUACCGGUGGUUAGCAGAAUACUUAUUUCUGUCUGUUUAAUGGUAGGAGAUGAGCGUCAGUGUAGCGUUAGCGUUUUUAGUUUAAGUAAACUCAAUGAAUUCGUUGCUCGGGAUAUGUGCAUUGAGGUUACAAUAGUAACAGAUCCGUAAACAUAGUGUUUAACGAAAGGGAAAUUGCCAAAAGAGUUGAUGAUCUGUUGGACAGCAGCAACAUGGCGCGUGCGACGCAUGUGUUUUAUAUCGAUCAGAUUAAAAGCACCGAUUGCGUUCUUAAGACUACUUCACAGAAGUCGUACUUUCAAAACCAGUUGAAAUGACAGCGGCCAAAUUCUUUUUGUAACAAUGCAAUCAGAUCCGUUGUAAAAGCUGCUUAUCAAAAAAAGUAUUUUUGCGGCUGAAGUAGGAACCGUCGGAUCCUUCGUUCUAAUGCAUCGAGUACAAUUUUAUGAUGACCUCCACCGAAGGACACCCAGCUAUGAUUGACGUCCUAUUUUGUUUUCGGUGGUGUCAAUGAGUUCGAUCAGUGCUUAUGCGCAGUGGUGCUAAGUGCUAAGGAGUUUUUAAUUAUGACACUUUUUCCGGGGUGUUUCCUGGAUCAAUGUAAACGCAUGGUAUCAUCUUUUCUAUUGGACGGCUACAAUUACUAUUUUCUAAACAACUGUUACCCUUAUUCGUAUCCUGCUACCUGCUAUUGAAACAAUACGUGCUUCACUCUUUUCUACUCAACUUUCUAAGGAUAAAGAUGAUAGUACAAUUUCUUCCAUCAUUUUACAUUUUUGUCGCCCUCGCUGCGAUGACUCAAAAAGCGUCGACAUACGCGCAAGCAUCCUGCAUUGAUCUGUCUAACAUCCCUCGGAUUCGUGGUGUUUUAGGCAGCGGCAGUUAUACUCCGGGAGGAGGUAAUGGUGGAGGUUACGGUGGCGGUGGAGGAAGAGGCGGCGCAAGCGACAACUACGAAAGUGGCGGACGUGGCGGCGGGGGAUACAGCGGAGGCGGUGGCUACGGAAGUGGACCAGACCGCCGAAGUGGUGGCUACAACCGUCGGGGGGAUAAUCAUGGCGGCGGUGGUGGCCGUAGCGGCGGCCGAGACAGUUAUGGCGGUGCAGGCGGCCGUGAUAGCUAUGGUGGCGGGGGUGGUGGAGGUCGGGGGGGCGUCGACUACACCAGCGGUGGUAAUUUUGGAGGCUCUCGAGGUGGAGGAGGUGGAUCACACGGGGGCUCCCAAGAGCACGAUAUGCCGGACACGAUAUUUAUUACCGGAAUGUCUGAAGACGUGACAGAGAGUCAGAUAGAAGAACACUUUGGCGCCAUUGGUAUUAUCAAGCUUGACAAGAAGACUCGCCGGAAGAAAAUUUGGAUUUACAAGGAUAAGGAAUCUGGCCGUGGCAAAGGAGAAGCCACAGUCACAUAUGACGACCCUCCGACAGCCGAAUCGGCUAUAUCCUGGUUUGAUGGAAAGGAGUUUAUGGGCCAUACUAUUAAGGUUCAAGUUGCCCAGCGUAAAGCCAGUUGGGUACCCCCGCAACGAGGAGGUCGUGGGCGGGGAGGUGCCCGAGGUGGCGGCGGCGGCGGUGGUGGUGGUGGUGGUGGACGUGGCGGAGGUGGUUUCCGAGGUGGUGAUGAUCGUCGCUCUGAAGGGGACUGGCCUUGUGACUCAUGUGGUAACAAGAACUUCAGUUGGCGAAAUAGCUGCAACCGUUGCGAAGCUCCGAAGCCCGGAGGUGGCGGCGGUGGUAAUGAUCGCGGCGACCGAAGCGACAGGGGUUACAAUCGCCACAGACCCUAUUAAGAAUAAUAAUAAUAAUGAUAAGAUUAUUGAUAAUACUGACAACAAAGUCAUAGCAGAACAACGAAAUCUACUGUCUAAUGUCUGCGAGUCCAAUUUAUGUGAGACUGCUUUCAUCACUACCUAUUCGCGUUCCCUUAGUUUGACUGAACUAAUUCUACACCAUUGGUCGCGUACUAUUGCCAAAACCCAUCCAUCAUUAUGUAAUAUUGAUAGUAAAAUAUCCGUUUCAUUUAACUACUUCAUUUCAUGUAUCUGUAGCUAUAUAUAUGGGGUAUCAUCAUAUUGGGCUCGUAGAGGCGUAAAAAUAAAUUUAGGCAAAACGAAAGUGCAAAAAUUAUUAAUAUGAAGCGAAAAUCAUUUAAAACAAACUAGCAAAUGCUUGUUGGAAACACGCAAGCAUAAUUAUAAUAAGGCCUAAAUAAAUAUA